UUAAUAGUAUGUUAAUUAUGUUGAGUAUCUCAAAUUUAUGAAAAUCCCCUUCGAAGUAUCUAAUAUCAUGAAUUUGAAAUAUAUAUUGUUAAAUACUAUUAUGCUACGUAAUUUACACAUAUAUUUAAGUUGAGAACUCUAUGUGAAGAACACUUCAUUGGACAUUGUCUAAAGAAGUACAAAGAAAGUACCAGUUAAUUUUUAUAAAGUUUAUAAUGGACAGAAAUAUUAAAAGAAAUCUCUCAUACGUUUAUAUAUUCGCCACUUCCCCCGCAAUUCCUCUAAACAAUCUUCUCCCUCUUUCUCAACUACAGGCUCUUUCAUGGAUAGUUGCCUCUCUAAUCAAGCGUCUCUCUCGUUUCUCUCGACUCGUUCGAGGAGACAGAGAGGCGAUAGAAGCGGCUUUGUACUUCCUGAGAUGCGCAAGGUCCAGUAUAGACCGAUGGUCAUGGUUGCCACGGCGGGACAGAACAGCUACUGGCCUGGAAGCAGCCUUAACGCGCCGCUUAAACCCCGAACGUCACAAGGGAGGUUUCUGAUACGCCUGUUGUUAAACAAGCGGCACCUCUUUCACUACGCCGCUGCUGAUGAGCUCAGGUUACUGGCAGAUAACCGUGAAGCUGCUUUAGCUCGUAUGUCUCUCAGCUCUGGUUCCGAUGAAGCUUCUCUCCACAGAAGGAUAGCUCAGCUCAUGGAACGUUACUGCAAAACAGCAGUCCAAGACAUAAUGUACAUGUUAAUACUCUACAAAUACUCUGAGAUAGGAGUCUCUCUCGCUCCAAAGCUCUCUAGAUGCAUCCACAAUGGAAGACUCGAGACAUGGCCUAAGAAAGACCGGGAGCUGGAGUCAAUCCACAGCUGCGAUGCCCUUGAGCUCAUCAAAGAACACGUAAAUGCAGUCAUCGGAUUACGUGCCAACUCAUGUCUGAAAGAAAAAACACAGAUACAGAAACUACAUCUCACGAAGGUAUACGUUGCCUCGAUCUUGUGUGGUUACUUCUUGAAAUCUGCUGCCCUCAGACACCAACUCGAGUGUUCCUUACCGGAUCUCCAUGGAAGCGGAUAUGUGAACGGUCCUAUCUUAGUAUCCACCAAGGAGCAUCUGAGACAUUACAUCACAAGGUUCGACCCCGAGACAAUGCAGAGAUGUGCCAAACCAAGGACAGUGGAAGCAAGGAGUCUGAUAAAGAAGCAAUGUUUGGCUCUUUUUGGCGUGGAGGAAAGCGAUGAGACCAUUGUGACAUCGUAUUUGAGUCUGAAGCGGUUGGUUUUGGAAGCUGUUACGUUUGGGACGUUUUUGUGGGAUACUGAGUUGUAUGUAGAUGGUGCAUAUAAGCUCAAUGAGAAUGCAGAAGAACAAGAAAAUAGAAGUAUAUGAACCAAAAAAAAAAAGAGAAUCUUCAUGAUCCUUUGGUUGGUGCCAAUCUCUUGAGGCAA